AUGGAGUUUGCCGGCGCCGUCCUGUUCGGCAGCACCGUCACGAAGACCAUCUCCUCCGGCGUCGUCGCCGUCGGCGCCGCCGCCCUCACGGCCCCGCUCUCGUACAUGCUCGGCAUGCUCGCCGUCCUCGUCGGCUGCACCGCAUGGAUGGUCAUCGCUACCAACUUCGGCCUACCCGUCUCCUCCACGCACUCGGUCGUCGGCGCGCUUAUCGGUCUCGCCAUUGUUUCCGGCUGGGGCAUCAACGACGCCGCCGUGCAGCGCAUCGUCGCUAGCUGGUUUCUUAGCCCGCUCAUUGGCGCCGUUGUCGCCACAUCCCUGUACAAGCUCAUUUCUAUCACCAUUAUUAACGCAAAGAGACCCGCGGCUGCCACCCGAAAGUUUUUGCCCAUUUUGGCAGGCGCUGCAUCCUUUAUUCUCACCCUCUUCGUCUUGGGCAAAGGCGCACGUUUCGCAGCUUUGACUCCUGACCACGUCCUUUACAUUGCCUUGGCACUGUCUCUGGCCUGUGCUGGCAUAUCUGGCGCCUUGGCCACCGCCGUACAUUCCAAGCAGUACAUACCCAACAAGUUUGGUGUCAAUACCGAUGGAACCUUGGCUCCACAAUCCCCGAGUAGUGGUAGCGGUGCCGGUGCCGGCGGCGGUGGUAGUGGCGGCCCCGGUGCAGGUAUGGUCGGAGGCCAACUUUCCGUUGUCGAGCAACAGGAAGACGUAGAGCGCAUAUUCAAAGUCCUACAGGUCGUCACCGCCUGUUUGCUAUCUUUUUCGCACGGCUCAAAUGACGUAUCUAAUGCCAUUGGGCCGUUCGCAGCCAUGUAUUCAAUGUGGGUCAACAACGGCCGCAUCGGAAGCAUGGUCAGCAUCCCCAUGUGGGUGCUAGUUUUGGGAGGGCUAGGUAUAUCAACUGGGCUCGCUUUAUUCGGAAGGCCCGUCAUGGAGACUGUAGGUACAAAGAUUACCAAACUGCGACCGACCAUGGGAUUUUCCGUCGAACUUAGCACAGCAAUGACCGUUCUCAUCGCCUCGGAACUCGGUCUACCCGUGUCCACAACCCACACCCUCAUCGGAUGUAUCGUCGCCAUCGGUAUUUCCAACGGAGACCGAAAAGCCAUCAACAACAAAGUCUUGAUGUCUAUUGCAGCCUCAUGGGGAAUCACCCUGCCAGUUUCCGCCCUCGUCACCAUAGUCUUUUACCUUUUGCUUAGACCUUUUCUCCCUGUCGUCCCGGCCUUAUUGUAG